AUGCGCUCAAUCGCCCGACCAGCGUCCGCGCUGCUAGCCGCCGCAGGCAUCGUGGCCGCCGGUCCAUACCCCAGAGGCCCCGACAACGCCUACGCCUAUCUGCUGCAGCGCGACACCUGUGAUGGCACGCCCUGCGGCUCCGACAGCCAGUACUGCUGCGACAGCACCGAGCUGUGCACGACGCUGAGCGGGAAUGUCGCCACCUGCCUGGGCGGAUACGGCGCAUACACGAGCACCUGGACCGAGACGCGCACCUUCACCACCACCUACUACACCCACUGGGCGCCCGUGCCGACGCCCACCGCCGGUGUCGAUUGCGUGCCCCAGGACGACUCGCAGUCGCCCUGCGGCGCAAUCUGCUGUGCCGGAUGGCAGUCGUGUGCUUUCCAGGGCCAGUGCUCGUCCAAGCCUGGAUACGCCGAGCCGACGCCCGUCGUCGUCGUCAGCAACGGCCACACCACCACGCAAUACUCAGCUCCCUACCGCGUCACCGGAACCACCACCAUCACCACCCAGGUCGUGCAGACGGGCACCGGAACUGCCACCGAGACCGGGGCGGAGGCCACCGAGACCGGCGACGGCGAGGCCAUUGGCGCCGACGGCAGCAAGGGGACCAACGGCGGCGGCCUGAGCCCCGGAGCCAUUGCCGGCAUCGUCAUCGGAACGCUGGCCGGCGUGGCCCUCCUGCUCCUGCUCUGCUUCUGCUGCAUCGCCCGCGGCCUCUGGGCUGCUCUCUGCGGCCGCCGCCGCUCUGGCGACGACAGCGUGCGCGAGGAAGUCGUUGAGGAGCGCUACUCAAAGAGCGGCAGCCGCGCCGCCUCCGCCUCGGCUCACUCUCGUCGCGAUCGCCAUGGCACUUGGUUCGGAGGCAGCAGCCGCCAGGGAACGUCGACGGUGGUUACGGAUCGCCGCGAGAAGCGCAAGAGCAGCGCCGGCUGCUGGACGUGGCUUGGGGUCGGAGCCGUGGCCGCCACGCUCUUCACUCUGCUUAACCUCAAGAAGGAUAAGCGGCCAAACUCUCGCAAGACGCCUUCGCGGUACAGCGACUCCUACUACAGCUAUACCGACUAUACCAGCAGCAACAGUGAGUUUUAA